AUGCCGAGAGAUGAGAGGUGGGUAACUUCGAGUCUUCGGAAUUUAGAGAGGGAAUCGAAGCACUCCUUCCAAGGCAUGAUGAACAUCGGGUGCACGACCUUCGAGGAGAAGGGUCCAUUGCGACAGCAGGAAGCUGGGACAUCCCGGUGUUGCUGUGACCUGUCCUCUAUAAUAUUUAGCGUCUUCGGUCCACUCUUCAUAACAUUGGAGACCAUGGGUAGAACUGAGCCCGUUCAGGGACUCCUCACUCUCCGCCUCUUCGGAUCUCGCUCAUCUGCGCAAACUUCUACACAACUUCCUUUCCUUUUCGACGGAGGAUUCGCUUGGCUCUGGACUAGGGGCGCGGGAUUGAUUUCCCAAUCUCCCUCCAUCAUUGUUGGUUCCUCCCUCAUCUCCUGGACCAUCGGAGGUGUGGUCGAGGAGGUCAAGGUAAUGAAUGAAUCCAGGCUUGAAGUCGAGUUGGGUGAGGAUAGAGGAUUCACUGAUAGCGGACUGGAGAAUGAGUUGAAUUUCCAGGAGAGCUUCUCCCUUGGAGAUAACUCCCUUUCUGAAGUCUUCAACGAGCAUAAGACAUCUGCUGACGGAGUCUUGAUUAAAUUCAUGUCGUUCCUCGGAAGAGGGGCCUGA